AUGCCUUUGGCAAAUUCCUCCGAUCCUUGGCGAAUGCAAAAUGUUGGUGAAAAUACGCGUGGUGCCAACAGUCAACCAACAAACAGUCUUCCAAUGGUUGUAGAAAACUCUGCUGAAUCUCGUCAAGCUUCUACAACAGAAAGUCUUGACUCAACAGGUGAUAUCAGUUAUGAGUGUGAGGUAGAAUUACAAGAUGUUGUUAAAGAAGGCCAUGAAAAGGCUGAUCCUUCACAGUUUGAGUUGCUGAAAGUGUUAGGUGAAGGUUCCUUUGGUAAAGUGUUUUUGGUACGAAAAGUUAGUGGUGCUGAUACAGGAACUCUAUAUGCUAUGAAGGUACUUAAAAAAGCUACAUUAAAAGUAAGAGACAGAGAGCGCACAAAAAUGGAGAGAAAUAUUUUGGUAGAAAUGGGGCAUCCAUUUAUUGUUAAAUUACAUUAUGCUUUUCAAACUGCAGGCAAAUUAUAUUUAAUACUAGACUUCCUCCGUGGUGGUGACCUAUUUUCACGUCUAAGCAAAGAGGUUAUGUUUACAGAAGAGGAUGUGAAGUUUUAUUUAGCCGAGCUUGCUCUAGCCUUAGAACAUGUUCAUAAGUUAGGAAUCAUAUACAGGGACCUCAAACCAGAGAAUAUUUUGCUUGAUGCUGAUGGGCAUAUAGCCCUUACAGACUUUGGCUUGUCAAAACUUCCACCAAGUAGUGAUAAAGCUUACAGUUUUUGUGGUACCGUUGAAUAUAUGGCACCUGAGGUUGUGAAUAGAAGAGGUCAUACAUUUGCUGCUGACUGGUGGUCUUUUGGUGUGCUCAUGUUUGAGAUGCUCACAGGAAAUUUACCGUUUCAUGGAUCUACCAGACACGAAACGAUGACGCAGAUUUUAAAGGCCAAACUUGGUAUGCCGUCAAAUCUAAGCGAAGAGGCUCAGUCGUUACUCCGUGCUUUGUUUAAACGGAACCCGCAAAACAGAUUGGGUGCUGGUCCUAAUGGCAUAGAAGACAUCAAGAACCAUGAGUUUUUUGCAAGCAUUGACUGGGAUGCUUUGCUUAAAAAAGAGGUGGUGCCUCCUUUUAGACCAGCCGUUUCGAGAGCAGACGACGCAUUUUAUUUCGACUCGGAGUUUACUUGUCGAACUCCGCGUGACUCGCCCGGUGUACCAGCUUCGGCUAAUGCACAUGAGUUGUUCAGAGGUUUCAGUUUCGUCGCGCCUUGUCUUCUCAAUGAUGAUAAUAAAACAUUAACCAACCAAAAUCAAAAUCACACACCACAAACUAAAAACUCUACGGAAGAGUUUUGGUCUGGCUUCAUCAAUAGGAAUAAUUUCUUUGACGAGUACAGAUUGAUGGGCGAACUUGGAACAGGUUCAUUCUCAGUCGUCCGCCUUUGCGAGCAUAAAGCCUCUAGAGUUCAAUAUGCAGUUAAAAUUAUGGACAAGUUACAAUAUGACCCACGUGAAGAAAUUGAAAUUUUAUUGAGGUACAGCCAGCACCCGCACAUCAUCAGCCUGCGCGGCGUGUACGAGGAGGGCGGGCGCAUCCUGGCGGUGACGGAGCUGUGCCGCGGCGGCGAGCUGCUGGAGCACAUCACGCAGCGCCGCUGCCUGCCCGAGCACGAGGCGGCGCCGCUGCUGCGCAACGUGCUGCACGCCGUGCACUACCUGCACCGGCACACCGUCGUGCACAGAGACAUCAAACCGUCGAACAUACUAUUUGCAACUGCAGAACGGAGGCCUGAGGACAUUCGUCUCGUGGACUUCGGUUUAGCAAAGCAAUUGCGAGCCGAAAACGGACUCCUCAUGACGCCAUGCUAUACAGCCAACUUUGUCGCGCCCGAAGUAUUAAAACGUGCCGGGUAUGACGCUGCCUGUGAUAUCUGGAGUUUGGGCGUUCUCGCUUACAUAAUGCUAUCUGGUCGGACUCCGUUUGCUUCAACUGGCGAUGAUACCCCCGAAGCAAUUUUAGCGAGAAUCGAGUCUGGAAAGGUGGAACUGACGGAGGGCGGGUGGCGCGCGGUGUCGGCGGAAGCUCGCGCGUGCGUGCGGCGCAUGCUGACGCUGGAGCCGGCGCUGCGGCCGCGCGCCGCCGACCUGCUGCGCGAGCCCUGGCUGUGCGCGCCCGCGCCCCACCCCGCGCCGCAGCCCCCGCCCGCCGCCGCGCCCGCUGCCGCGCCCGCGCCGCCCCUCGCCGACCUGCGCCGCGCCGUCGACCUCACCUUCCAGGCUAUGACCUCCGCACCGCUAACUCCUCAAGUGCUGGGUCCCGUCACACAAUCGACACUCGCACAGAGGAGAAUCAAGCCCCAACGCCGAUUUCCUCCAACGCAACUCUAA